UACGGUCACCCUGCCCUAGAUGUACGUGAGAUCGAGACCGCACCAGCGGAAAAUGGCUGACUUCGAGUUUGACCGUUUGACCUGACGACGAGCUUAAAAAAAGUUCAAUGUUUGUCUAUUUCCAGUAAAGUCUAGCCAAAAUGACGACCACUUGUGAGUGGUGUUUACGCCGUUACGGCAGUCAGAGUAAAAAGUAUGCUGUUAUUCCCCUUCCAUCGGGAACUGAGGUGACCUUAGGUCGAGGUCAGGAUGUGACUGUCAUGCUGCUACCAAAGAAGAAUCCACUGAUGCUGUCAAGAAAACAUGCCAUCUUUAAGGAGACAGCGCGGGGGCAGUGGGCGGUCAUUGAUAAUAAGAGUCUCAAUGGUGUACAUGUCAACUCGUCCAGAAUAAAGUCUCUGGAGCCUCAUGUUCUCAGAAACGGGGACCAUGUGCAACUUGGAGUAGUUGCCGUAGGGGAGGACCAAGCAGAGUUUGUCUUCACAUUGACACAGGAGAGCUUUACGCCAGAGGAUGCUUCACAAAUCCUUGAUUCCUACAGUAGCCAAAGAAACAGGGGAGCAGGGGGAAGAACUGACAGUCGUAAGGAGAGUCAGGAAUCACAGCGUAUGGUUUGCAAAAGAACUAGUGAAAGUAACGACGGCGUUGCCCAGGGUAGGAUAGAUCAGGAAGAGAAAAAGAGGAAGAUGGGCACUUAUCCAGCGACAAACACGGACAGGAAUGAAAAUCCAGGUCCCUCCUCUGGGUCACCGUCUGCCAAGAGAACUAAACUGUCCUCUGCAACUGAGCAGGAAUUGUCAGCGACGCUCCUUAAGGAGAAGAGGCUGGCAGAGAAGAAAGUGGCCGAGUCUGAAGAACAGUUUAAGGAGCUUACUAGAAUGCUGGCUGUGCAGCAGUCAGCCAGGGAACUUCUGGAGAAGCAGCUCAAGCAGAAGGAGCAGGAUAUUAGCCGGGAACUGGAAUCGGAGAAGGAAGAGCUGGAGAAUAAGAAGAAGCAACUCCAGGAGGAGAUGGAGAAGGCUGUCCUGCAGCAAGUCCAGCAGAAGGAGCAGAAGCUUCAGCAGCAGCUGCAACAGCAGCAGGAUGCUCUUGCCGAUGAGAAGCUUGCCCUGGAGAAGAAACUGAAGGAUGAAUGGGAGAAACGGCUGCUGGAUCAGGAGAAGCAGCUCCAUGCGGUCCAGGCAGAGAUGAAGUCCACCCUGGAGGCACAGGUCCAGGAGAAGGAGGCCAUCAUGAUGGAACAGCUCAAGGCUCAGCGGGAGGAGCUUCUCAAGGAGAAGAUGCGGGUGGAGAACAGCCUGCAGGAGGAGUGGAGCAAAAAGUUGGAGGAGAAGGAUAAGACACUUGGCAAGAUGCAGGAAGACCUAAACGCAACUCUGGAGGAGGAAAUUAGGAAGAAGGAAGAGAUGAUGCUGCAGCAACUGCAGACACAGCGUGAGGCCCUACAGAAUGAGAAAGCCAAAGUGGAACUCAGCCUGCAAAAGGAACUGGAACGGAAGUUGGAGGAGAAGGAUAAGGACCUUCAGGCUGGGCUUGAGAGAGAGAAGGCCAAACUUGAAGAAGUCAUCGCCAACAAGGAGCGAGAAUAUGGAGAGCUACAGACUGAGCUGACAGCAAGUCGACUUGAAAAGGAAGCGCAGGAGAUUUGCAUCCAGAAGGCAAAAGAGGAGGCACUCCAGAACAUCACUGACGUCAUGGAGAAUGAGCUGCAAUGUAGCAUCUGCUCGGAGCUCUUCAUUAAGGCCACCACGCUGAACUGUUCCCACUCCUUCUGUAACUUCUGCAUCGAGAGCUGGAUGAAGCGUAAGCGGGAGUGCCCGGUCUGCCGUGCCGCGAUCACCUCCCACAACCACUCCAUCGUGUUGGACAACUACAUCGACAAGAUGGUGGAGCGGCUGAGCGAAGAGAUGAAGCAACGACGCAAAGAGAUCGUCCAGGAGAGAAAAAUCCUAUCUUUCUCACCAGUUGACAGCGCUAACCCGAGACCCCUCUCCCCGAUUCCAAUCGAGAUCUCUUCGGAGAUUGACAGCGAGGAGAUUGACCACAGCGAUAUUGACCAUAGCGAGGAGGUGGAGAAUAGUGAGGAAGAUGAAGACGAGGAUGAGGAUUAUGGCUUCGGCUGGGGCCGCCGCAACAGGGGCGGAGCUUGCUUUAAUUGUGGAGAAUCAGAUCAUUGGGUGCGGCAGUGCCCAUAUAGAUGAAGAAUCAGAAGACACAAUGGGACGUAGUAGGUAAUCGCCACCCUAUAAUGUCCCAGAUGCCACAGGGUGUGUGUGGACUGGUGCUCAAGUACGACCUCAAAAGUGACGGCGAGAGAGAUAUACGACAGACACACGCUGCCGCCGUGUACCCAAAGUCCACACGAAAGCACUAUUUCCACAAGUAAAUUAAUUUCAGCUGUACAUACUCUAGGGCUGUGUAUUUUUCGAACAAUUAAGUAGUUGAUUGUUGUAAUUUGGACUUGAUAGAAUAUUGCGCUGAUCAAGUUUAACAAGCUAGCCUAAACUGGCUGCCGAUCGGAAUUUGUGUGAGCCUGCGCUUGUUGAAUCGAAAAAAAAAGGUAUUCGGAAAGUUGGUUGAUGCCAUCAUGCCAUAAGCAUGGAGUGAAUGCACAUGUACAUGUAUAGUGUGUACAUUGAAGUGAAUAUCUGAGUUUGUAAAAUUGUUUGCCAAACUCAAUUCUGUAAAGGCUUUUGAUGCAUUUGGUGACAAGCUUUUGUAUCACAUCAAUGGCACAAGUUUCAUUUUCGUCAAAGUUGAGAUUCGUUGUCCUACAUGUUCAAAGGUCCUCUGAUGAAACAUCAAUGUUCCUACAAAAAAAAUUUGAAAGAUUUUACCAGAAAGGGUUUACGUACUUAGUUUAUUGUUUAAAAAAGUUAACAAUUAUUUCGUGUUUCCAAAUGUAAUUUUAGUCUAAAUCAGUGUUGAAGUCGAGGUACUUGUGAUGAAUCACAAAUCAUCACAAGUCAUCCCGUCAUAAGUCAAGUCACAAGCUAUUCACAUAAGUUACUUGUGACCAUACUUGUGAUUUGACUGGUGACCAAACUUGAAACCAAAGUUGUGAUGUCCUUAGGAUCCAUCACAAGUACCUGGACUACAACACUGAUCUGAAUUCAUACUUGCACGGUAAUCGAUGCAGUCUUGCACAAAAGGCAAAUUAACUGCACACGUUUGCAUGUGUACCAGUCUACAAUUAAAGGUGAUAUACAACAUUUGCUUUUGCUGUUAUUUUCAGAAAUGGGCAGAUCUGGGGGCAAGUACAUGUAUUUUGUAGCAAAUACCGUUCCACUGACCUGCUUUGAAAGUUCUGUGGUCAGGAAUGCCGGGGAAAAAAGUUGUUCUUGUAGUCUGGUUCCCUGU